AUGAGAUGCCAGUACCUACUGGUGGUCACGGUAGCGCUAUGCGCGCUUACCGUGAACUCCAGCCCGGCCCUCAAGUCGGAUCUGCCGAAGGCGCAGGAUCCACUGUUCAAUAAAAUGCUCGCCGAAAGCACCCGCAUCGUACCGGAUGCACACGAUCCACACUACAACAAGAUGCUGCCGGAGAUGGAGGAAAAUCUGAUCGACACCGAUAGCGAUGAUGAUGACGAGGAGGAGGAGGAGGACCAUGCUAUUCUACCGAAAAAGGCCGCCGAUUUGAAUCCGAUGUACGCGCAAAGAGGCAAACAAGCUAAGCCGGAAGUGUCAACCAUUGGUUCGGUGGCUAUCAACAAGGUAAAAAUCAACGAAGAUAUCGAUAGUUACGAGGAGGUAUUGCUGAAGGGUAACGGCAAGAACGUGGACAUUGAUGAUUCGUAUCAAGUGGAGGAUUUAAGCAGUGAUUCUAUGACCUUCGGUGAAGAUAAUCCUUCCAAAUCUACCACCGCUAAGCCCACUGCUAAGACCACCGCUAAAACGGAAGGCGAAGACAGUUCCGAUGAAUACGAUGAUGAUGAAUCGGACGAAACGAUCGAUUUCUCCGGUAUAGACAAAAUUUUGUCUCAACCACUUAAGCCGGAACCAGUAGAGAAGUCGACCAAAUCGUCCCCAACGAGCACGACUGUGAAACCGAAGAGUACCAUUAAUGGCAAGCAGAAUGUCGACCAGCGAAAUGUACGUGACCAGUAUGAUGACGAUGACGACGAUGACGAGUAUGACUACACUGAGUACAAUUAUGAUGGUGAUGAUGACGAUGAUGACAACAAUGAAGACGAUGAUGAAGAUGAUGAUGAUCCGGAAAAAUUGCCGAUAAAGAUGCAAAAGAAGAAGAAAGCCGACAACAACGUUAACAACGAGGCUAAGAAGCAAACCAAACCAGCCAAGAAGGCAAAGGAUCAGAACAAGACUGUCAGCAAAGGUAACGACGAAUACUAUUACUACGACGAGGAUGAGGACGACGAUGACUACGAUGUGGAGUCAUCCAACAGCACGUACUGUCCGCGGGGAUGUAUCUGCGAGCGCAACAUGCACGCAUAUAUGGUUGCCACGUGCAGUCGCUUGGAUUUGGAAACGCAAAAGUUUACUUCCCACAUCACCGAUUUGCAAGUGUUGGACGUAGGACCCAAGUACCCGAUCGAACUGGGGCCAGAAUUCUUCAAAAAGAUUGGUCUCAGCCAUGUCGUCUCGAUCAAAAUCACCAACUGCACAAUCGUGUACAUAAGCCCCCAAGCGUUUGCCGGUCUGGACGAAUUGUACUCGGUGAAUUUGACCAAUUCGGGCAUUGAUAUUAUUCAUCCGGAUACGUUCGCAAACAACACGAAGCUACGCUUGCUGACACUGUCGGGCAACGACCUGAGCGCUAUGCAAAGCGUAAACCACAACACCCCGUAUAUGGACUACAUGCUGAAGGCACCGACCGUGGAGGAGCUGGACAUUUCGCGCUGCAAGCUGCACGAACUGCAACCGAACGCGUUCAAUGAGCUGAAGAACAUCAUCUACAUCAACCUGUCCGAGAACAACUUGAGCAACCUGCCGGAGGGCAUUUUCGACAACGUGGAAACCAUCGAAGAGCUGGACCUUUCGAUGAACAAUAUUGCCGAGCUGCCGAAGAACAUCUUCGGAAAGACGUCGCUCGCGAUCCUGCACCUGAAACACAACAAGAUCAGCAACAAUGUAGAGUUCGUGACGGCCGAUCUUCAGAAGCUUGACGUGAGCUUCUGCCAGAUCCGCACGAUCAACAACCAGAUGUUUAGGGGCAUGGAAGGACUUACCAACCUGAUCCUGAAGGGCAAUCACAUCGAAAAGAUCAAGCCGAUGGCAUUCAUCUCGCUGAGCAGCUUGCGUCAGAUUGACCUGUCGUACAACAACCUGGAGCAAAUAUCCGCACAGACGUUCAUCGGCAACAAGAUGCUGGAUAUCAUCCGCAUGAAUAACAACCCGCGUCUGAAGCAUCUACCGAACGAGGGCUUCGACAGUUCGUACAACGGUACGUUCAACGUGUACUUCAUGGACAUCUCGAACUGCGAUAUUUCCGAGUUGGCAGACAACACGUUCAAAACGAUGCCACAGCUGACGCGAUUGAACUUGGCUUGGAACAAUCUGCAAACCAUUCGGCCCCCGGUGAUGGCCCAUCUGAGCAAGCUGAUGGAUUUGGAUCUGAGCAACAACAUGAUUACGGAGUUGGAUGAGAAAACAUUCCAGAACAACCGCAAUCUGAAUACCUUGAACCUGUCCGGUAACCAAAUCUCUAGUCUGUCUAGCAAGAUAUUCCACCCACUGCAGUAUCUCAGCGAGUUGGACAUCAGUGAUUGCGAUCUGCGAACCAUCUGGGACGAUUCAUCCGUCAAGGCGAAGCGCGAGGAGGUACUUCCGAACCUGAAGCGUCUGAACGCGUCGUACAACCAGAUCGCGGAAGUGUUUGUGUCGGACCUGGAAACGAUGGCCAAGCUGCGCGUACUCGACAUGCGUAACACCUCCUUGAGCUGCAACGAACGGUUGCCAACGCUUAUCGACUGGCUGCAAAAGAAGCAGAUCUCGAUGGCGGAUAACGCACAAGAUCAUGUGACACACGCUGAAAUGAAUAUCCUGCGCACGGACAACUCGGCAACACUGAAGCAGUGGGGACAGUUUGCCUGGGAAAUCUGCCAGGGCGGUAACGGUGAUCCUGUUAAUACGCUAUCGUACAGCGAAACGGAAGAAGAUUACACUGAAGAUGAUGAUGAUGAUGAUGCCUCCGAGGACGCUGACGCUGAUGUGCUGGCGGAGGCGAACGCCAAAUCGAACAAGAUCGUAGACAGCAAGAACGAGCUGGAUGAAUUCUCGAACGAGUCGGUGGAUAAUGAUAGUGAGGAUAAUGAUAACGUGGACAGCGAAGAAGACGAUGAUGACGACGACGAGGAUGAUGAUGACGAGGAGGAGGAAGUGCAGGAGCGUGAAAACAUCCUAGACGCCGCGAACGGAAUUCAGAGGAUUGAACAGGAUAUCCUCACCGGCAAGCAUAACACCAACGAUGAGGAUGACGAGGAUAAUGGUGAAUACGAGGAUGACAACGAGGACACGAACGUGGAUGAGGUCGUCAUAUUGGAGAACGCGUCCAUGUUCGCUCUUUCCAGUGUCGCGCUGAUGGUCGGUUGUAUCGUGAUCGGCAGUUUGAUACUGGUGUUGCUGGUGGCGAAGAUCGUUGCUCUUAUCUUCAAGCGACGCGGCGAACGCUACCGCCAGGCGCUGCUCGCAUCGAAGAACUCGUUCGUCUACCAAAAGUUGACGGAAGAUAUUGCUACACCGAAGACCCCGAAGGUCCAUCGAUACGAACCGAUCAAUCAGGUGUAA